CAUAAUGACAGUGAAUGCAGCACCGCCGUCACUUCUUCCGCCCGCGUGACACCUGCAGCGACAGUCCAAACAUGAGGGCUUCUGCUGUGGUUCGGAGGUUAGCAGCUCUGUCAGGAGCCUCGGCAGUGGGAGCUGGGGCUUACGGGGCUCACGGUUUCAAGAACAGCGAUCCUGAUGACUACCGAAUAGUGCUUUUUGAAACCGCCAACAAGUACCAUUUCUACCACAGCCUGGCCUUGCUGGGCGCUGCCCACUGUGGGAAACCUGCUGUGGCAGGUAGCCUUCUGAUUGCGGGCAUGGGGAUGUUCUGUGGCGCUCUAUACCACCAGGCUCUGACAGGGGACCCCGGACUGCGCAAAGCGGCUCCCGUGGGGGGCGUAGCUAUGAUUGUUGGAUGGCUGGCCAUGAUUCUCUGAACUGUGACAGCUUACAUCUUCUCCAGAGAGCCACACUGUGACACUAAACUGUCAGACUGCUAAUAAAUGAACUGGAGAACUUGUAAGAGUUGGCUGAGGGGUAGUGCUGAGUUAUAAUGUCACCCAUCCAACCACCGCCUGCCCUGGGUUGUGGAUGUCAGCAGGAGAUAAGGUCACCGCAGGAUUAUCACUUUUCUGCCACUGCUGUCUGUUUGUGGCUGCUGCCCUUUGACUAUAAUGUUAAACUGGAUAAGAAAUUUAACACAAAAUGAAUGGAAUGAACUGUAUCAUCCAAACAAUUUGUCAUGGAGCAUUUUAACUUUUGGUGGGAAAAUCAAUAAUGAGCUGAUUUGAGUUACAAUGCAUCAAUAAGACAGUGUUUGUUGUAAAAAUAAAGAAUCCCGUAUGAUGGAUUAAGAAUGAAAUCAUUUCCUAAACUCUGAAAUCUUUUUUUCUCAAGGAUUGUUUAUUUACCUUUAAACAGUCAUUUAUCAGCGUGAAUAAAUCUCAACAAUUAAUAUUCAGUCUGCUCUAUACCACAGGUCCUUGUCAAGUCUUUGCUUUUCCCGUUUCUUACAGACAUGGCUUUCAGAUACUGAUCAUCUGCUGUAGAUGGUUUUUAGGUUGUUUAUCUUCUUCCUCUUUUCUCCUCCACUUGUUCAGUUUUGUCUUUUUUUUUUAAGGACACACUGCACACCAUGCUGAGAUUUGUCAAGUUUGCAGCUAAUAGCUGUUUGGGAAUUCCCUUUUUGGUGCAAAAAUAAAGUUUUAUGCCUGU